CCAGUCGCAGAGCUUUGCGCCAAAACAGAGCAAUACAAAGAAGAUAGAGUGUGCAGGCUUCAUUUGCAGAACAACACAUAUUACAGAUAAUACUUAAUAAUGCUCCUCUUACUCUUUGUCACUGUUUGUGGAAGUAGCAUCGGCGUGGAGAGCCUCCCGUUGCCCGACUCUGGUCCACAUUUGGCAAAUGACUGGGGAGAAGCCGUUCGGCUCCGACAUCUGUACGCAGCCAGACGCGGUUUACAUCUGCAAAUAAACACAGAGGGGGAAAUCAGUGGAUCGCACAUGCAAAGCUCGGACAGUUUGGUUGAGAUUCGGCCGGUGGAUACAGGCAGUGUUGUCAUUAGAGGAGUUGCAAGCUCCCGAUUUCUCUGCAUGGAUAGGAGGGGAAAACUGUAUGGAUCGUACACAUACUCUAAGGAGGACUGCUCUUUUUUGGAACGCAUCCUGCCAGAUGGCUACAACAUCUACGUCUCCAGAAAAUAUGGAGUCCUUGUGAAUUUGGGUAAAGACGGGACUGUAGCGUCCCAGUUCCUGCCCAUGGUGAACACACUUUCUCAGGAACCCACUGACCGCCACUCAGGGGAACAGCGCUCUCUCGUUGACACUCAACAGGACCAUCAGUUAGGCCUUCAAAUAGACAGUAUGGACCCUUUUGGAAAGAUCUCUCAAAUUGUGAUCCAAAGUCCCAGUUUCAACAAAAGAUGAGGAGUGAACAAUCACUUGUGGAUGUAAGGAAACGACUCCCGUGGUCGAGAAACAGAAGACCGUGUAAAAUCAGUCCGGCCAUGAACCAGAGCACAGGGCCAGACUUUCAGAAAGUGCUAGAAAGUCAAAUUGCACACUGGACACAGUCACAGGACAAAUGUAGUGUUAUAGACAGCAAACAAACAAAAAGAAAACCACUCCACAUGUUGAAGGCUGUUGUGAGAUAAUGGUGCAUCACCUGCAGCAUGAAUUUAUUUAUUUACUUUUGUUUGUGAUGAGCUUGCUCUCUAAUUAUGGUUUAAAUUUUUAUAGUUAAUACAGUUUUCAUGCACUGUAAAAAAUAUUUUAUAUCUUUUUUGUAUUCUUUGUUAUACAGUUAUUUGUUCUUUCUGAACGAAGACAUUCUACAAUGGUUUUAAGCAAGGAUAAAUUCUAAAUUACAUUGAAAUCUAAUUAUUUAUAUGCUAAAUGUGGUAAAUGGUCUUCUGAAAUGCCUGUGGCCACAACUAAUAAGACUUCUUAAAUAUAAGCAUCAUCUCUAACUCUUUUGUUACCAAGACUUAAAAUUGAGGCAUUUUUUUCUGUUGACUGCAUAGUUUAGCAUAUUACUUCCACAAAAUACUGAUGAAUAUUGUAAAGAUUUGUUGGCCUGAGAAACAGCAGAAUAUAGUCUCACAUGUCCUUGCAGGAUGCCCUUGAAUAACAGUUUGCAGACAGUUUUUGUAACGUUGUGGCUCCCUCUUCUGGCAAAGAAGUGAAUUGCAUUUUGAGAUAAUGGUGUUGAAGGGUUAGUUCACCCAAAAAUGAACGUUUUGUCAUCAUUUACUCACCCUCACGUUGAUUGCAAACCUGUAUGUGUUUCUUUAUUCUGAUGAACACAAAAGGAAGAUAUUCUGAAGUAACCAUUAACUUGCAUAGUAUUUUUUUUUUUUUUUUUUUUUU